AUGAAUACCCAAUAAAUCUAAAAAUAAUUAGUUGCCAAAAUCUAUAAAAAUAAAAAAAUUCCUGAUGAUGGUGAAAUUCUUAAACUAAAACAAUUAAAUCAUCCUAAUAUUGUGUAAAUUUAUGAUGUAUAUGAAAAUGAAAAGGAUGUUAUUGUUAUUAUGGAAAAAUGUUAAUCAUCUUUAAAGAAUGAAUUGAAAUUAAAAAAGGAAUAUGCUGAAAUAGAGUUAUUGUGCUUUUUAAGUUAAAUUUUAAAAGGCUAUAAUUAUUUAAAGAAUUAAGGAUUAGAAAUAAAUGAAUUGAAACCCAGUAAUAUUAUGAUAGAUGAUAAUGAAAUGAUUAAAGUAUACUAAUAUUCUAUUUGAAAAGCUUUCAAAUUAUGGUAUGAAAUAUCUCUAUAACUAUUCUGUUGUGGACAUUAGACCUUAUGCUGCCCCAGAAGUUUUCUUUAGCAAUCUGUAAACUGAUGCCAAAAAUAUAUAUUCUGUAAUAAUGUGUUAAGAUAUUAUUUAGUUAGGUUUGAUUAUGUAUUAACUUAUAUUUCAACAAUUACCAUUCUCUUUAAAGUAGAAUGGUGAUGUAAUUGUAUUUUUAUAGAAAAUUAAAAAAACUAAGCUUUCAAUUCCUAAAAAUGUAAAAAUCAUUUUUAUUUUAGAAAUUCUAAAAGCUAACCGAUAUGAUUACAGAAAUGAUUGUCUAUGAUCAUGAAGUAAGGAUAGAUAUAGAAAAAUUGGGAAAUAUAUUAUUUUAGAAUUUUAAGAGAGGAAGUAGAAGAAUCUCUAGUAUUUAACCAAUAGCUGCUAAAGCAGAUGACUAUUUAUACUUCUGA